AUGAAGAGAGCGCUUCCUCGUGUCUCCAGAUGGGCAGAGACACGAUCCACGGUGGAGUAUGCGGUGCGCUCGGCCACGUUGGGCUCCUGGAGGAUGCUGACCCUGGGGGCGGAGUAUGAGGACACCUGGGCCGGGUCACCUGCCAGGGAACCAAAGGAACCAGAGGAACCGGAGGAACCAGAGGAACCGAAAGAACCGGAGGAACCGGAGGAGCCAUCGUGGACAGAUGUGGAGAAAAGCACCUGCAGCAGGUUCGACUCGGUUCUACACCUGGAUGGAUUCAACACAACCGGAAGGAGAGAUGGGGUCGAUCAGCUGAUCUGGAGACACGAGACCCUCAACAGUUCCCCAUGGGCCCGCAGGAUGCCUCGCUUCGCAGAAGACCUCCCCAGCCGCUAUGGAGGAGGCGCGGGCGGCGGCGGAGGCGGAGGAGGGAGAGGAGGACCGGGCGCGGGGAGAGGGGGAGCCCGGGGCGGCGGUGCCGGCGGCGGAGGCGCACCGGGCGGCCAGAGGAUGUACAAGCAGUCGAUGGCGCAGAGAGCCCGGACUAUGGCCAUUUACAACCCGAACCCGGUCAAACAGAACUGCUUCACUGUCAACCGCUCCCUGUUCAUCUUCCGGGAGGACAACCUCAUCAGGAAGUACGCCAAGCGCAUCACGGAGUGGCCUCCAUUUGAAUACCUGAUCCUGGCCACCAUCAUCGCCAACUGCAUCGUCCUGGCCCUGGAGCAGCACCCUGCCGGCCACGACAAGACGCCCAUGUCCGAGCGCCUGCUCGUAUCAGGAAUCCCAAGUCUCCAGGUGGUGCUGAAGUCCAUAAUGAAAGCCAUGGUCCCUCUGCUUCAGAUCGGCCUGCUGCUCUUCUUCGCCAUCGUCAUGUUUGCCAUCAUCGGGGUGGAGUUCUACAUGGGCAAGUUCCACACCACCUGCUUCCGGCUGGACACCGGUGAGAAGGCAGUGGACUGGCCGUGUGGCCUGGAGCCUCCGGCCAGGACGUGUCCCAACGGGACCCAGUGCAGAGAGUACUGGACCGGACCCAACUUCGGCAUCACCAACUUCGACAACAUCCUGUUCGCGGUGCUCACUGUGUUCCAGUGCAUCACCAUGGAGGGCUGGGUGGAGAUCCUCUACAGCACCAACGAUGUGGCAGGAAGCACCUGGAACUGGCUGUACUUCAUCCCUCUCAUCAUCAUCGGCUCUUUCUUCAUGCUCAACCUGGUGCUCGGCGUCCUGUCAGGAGAAUUUGCCAAAGAGAGAGAGCGUGUGGAGAAGAGGCAGGAGUUCCUGAAGCUCCGGAGGCAGCAGCAGAUCGAGCGAGAGCUGACCGGAUACUUGGAGUGGAUCUGCAAAGCGGAGGAGGUGUUGCUGGAGGAGGAGGAGGAGAUCGCAGAGGAGAAGUCUCCGCUGGACGGCGCCUGGUACAAGAGGAAACAAAACCUGCCAGUUCUGAAACGAGGCAAAGUCAAGAAAGGUAAAAACGACCUGAUCGGUGCCGAGGAGGGGGAGGAUCCUUUCGCCGACAUCUCCUCCGUCGCUCCUCCCGGCUCCCCGUUCGGUCGAGCCAGCGUGAAGAGCGGCGGUAAGAUGGACAGCUCCUCCUACUUCCGCCGCAAGGAGAAGAGGAUCCGCUUCUUCAUCCGACGCAUGGUGAAGGCCCAGAGCUUCUACUGGAUCGUCCUGUGCCUGGUGGGGCUCAACACGCUGUGUGUGGCCAUCGUCCACUACGACCAGCCCGACUGGCUCACCAGGGCCCUGUACACAGCAGAGUUUGUGUUCCUGGGUCUGUUCCUGAGUGAGAUGAGCUUGAAGAUGUACGGCCUCGGAGCGCGGAACUAUUUCCAUUCCUCCUUUAACUGCUUUGAUUUCGGGGUGAUCGUGGGAAGUAUCUUUGAGGUGAUCUGGGACAUGAUCAAACCCGGAGCGUCGUUUGGGAUCAGCGUGUUAAGAGCCCUGCGGCUGCUCCGGAUAUUCAAAGUCACCAAAUACUGGAACUCGCUGAGGAACCUGGUGGUUUCCCUCCUGAACUCCAUGAAGUCCAUCAUCAGCCUGCUCUUCCUCCUCUUCCUCUUCAUCGUGGUGUUCGCUCUGCUGGGCAUGCAGCUCUUUGGAGGACAGUUUAACUUUGCAGAGGAGACGCCGACAACCAACUUUGAUACGUUCCCAGCAGCCAUCCUCACCGUGUUCCAGAUCCUGACUGGCGAGGACUGGAACGCCGUCAUGUACCACGGGAUCGAGUCCCAGGGCGGCGUGCGGCGCGGCAUGUUCUCCUCCGUCUACUUCAUCGUCCUCACGCUGUUCGGGAACUACACCCUCCUGAACGUCUUCUUGGCCAUCGCUGUCGACAAUCUGGCCAACGCACAGGAGCUGACGAAGGACGAGGAGCUGCAGGAGGAGGCGGCCAAUAAGAAGCUGGCCCUGCAGAAAGCCCUGGAGGUGAAGGAGGUCAGCCCCAUGUCGGCCGCCAACAUCUCCAUCGCUGCUUUUGUAAAGCAAAAUCGAGAUGCACUCUCUCGCAGGUCGUCCAUCAACAGCAUUCAGUCACUGAGUUACACUGUCUACUCCUCCCCCGCCCGGCGAAUCUUGAGCAAGGAUCAGCAGCGCUCCGCAAAGAGCAUGUCGGUGUGGGAGCAGAGGACCAAUCAGCUGAGGAGACACAACGUCAGGUCGAGCAGCGAGGCCCUGUUCAACGAGCUGGACCCCGAGGAGCGCCUCCGCAUGUCCUCCGCCCUCCACCUCCACCCGGACAUGAAGACCCACCUGGACCGGCCCCUGGUGGUGGAGGCCAGGAACGGCGACAAACCCAGCAGGCCUCCCGAAGGAGGAGGAGGGGGACGGGACGAGGCGGGGGACCCCCGGCAGGACGGCACGGGAGACAACUCCCACGCUCACCCCAGGAAGCACCACCGCCACCGAGACAGGAACGGGGGCGAGGGGGGCGACGGCCGGGGGGGGCGGCACCACACCCAUCACAGCAGGAGCAGAGAGCACAAGGCCGACCAGACGAAAGAGAGGAGGGCGGAGAGGAGCCACAGCCACGAGGGGGGGCAGGGACACAGGCACCACCACCAGGCCGGCUCCCCCGAGGAGGAGAACCAGGACAUGCAAGGAGGAGGAGAGGAAAGAGGCCAUCGCCAUCACCACUCCCAUCGUCCAGGCAAGGAGGGGAACGGGACGAUAGGGAACGGAGGACAGGGAGAGCGGAGGGGCAGAGGAGGAGGAGGAGGAGGAGGAGGAGGAGGAGGAGGAGGGGAUAGUAACGGAGAGAGGAAGGGGCGCUGCUCUCGGAUGGUCCGAGCUCAGUCGACUCUGGAUGCAGACGACUGCAAGAGGAGCAGAAACGGAGCCCGAGGCCACAGAGAGAAGCAGCCAGAUGCCGAGGACAGUGGCCUGGCCUCCAGCCCCCUGCAGCUCAGGCGCAGCAGCCUGAGUCUGGGGGAGAAGCAAGAGGACGCCGACAACCAGAAGAACUCCACCCGGGCCAGUCAGGCCGGCCUCAACAGCAGCAACACCAUCCACAUCCCAGUCACCAUCACCUCCCCCGGAGAGACCGCCAUCAUUCCCAUGAACAGCAUCGACUGUGACAACGUUCAAAUCAGCGACGAGAAGAAAGAUCUGGAGGAAGAGGAGGCGGCUAAUGGGCCUCGGCAGAUCCUCCCCUACAGCUCCAUGUUCGUGUUCGGGCAAACAAACCCGGUGCGGCGGCUGUGUCACUACGUGGUCAACCUGCGCUACUUCGAGAUGUGCAUCCUGAUGGUCAUCACCAUGAGCAGCAUCGCUCUGGCAGCCGAGGACCCGGUGCAGGCCAACGCGCCGCGCAACAACGUUCUGAAGUAUCUGGAUUACGUCUUCACCGGAGUCUUCACCUUCGAGAUGGUGAUUAAGAUGAUCGACUUGGGGCUGCUGCUCCACCCUGGAGCGUAUUUCCGUGACCUGUGGAACAUCCUGGACUUCAUCGUGGUCAGCGGAGCUCUGGUGGCCUUCGCCUGCUCGUAAUGCAACGUGGGCAAAGCGGGCGCUGGGACGCUCCCGUCUGAUUCCAGCACGCCGGGCCGUAGCCGCCGGCAGCUGCCCCAGACGCCCCUCACCCCUCGUCCGGCCGUGACCUACAAGACCGCCAACUCCUCACCUCUCCCGUCCGGUGCCGGCAGCAGCUCCACGAAGGGGCUCCAGACUCGCUUCAGCCGUGGCCUUUCAGAGCACGAGCGCUUGUACGUGGACCACAACGAGUCCCCGAUACCGGUCACCCGCAUCGGCUCGGACCCUCAUUUGAACCGGCAGCUGCAGGACGCUUCCCGACAGGCCCUCCUCGAGGAGAGGGAGGACAUGCAGGACGCCGUGAGCAGCCACGGGUCAGGGGGUCGCUCUGCCAGAACCACUGCCUCAACCACAGCCUCCGCUUCACACGCCACUGCCGCCGCGGCCGCCACCAUGCCCGUCACGCGAGUGGCGGGGGUGCCAAACGGGUUCCACUUCACCCUCGGGGUCAGCUCGGCGUCCGGGCCCGGGAGCAGAGGGACAGGAAGUCUCAGGGAGAGGGAGGACGAGGACUGGUGCUAACCUGGUGGACCACGUUGGAGUGAUGUCGGAGCUGUAAAGUGCUGGUGCCGAGUCCGGGGGGUCGAUGCCGAGGGAGAACGCCAGAGGAAAGUGCUGUGAAAGGGGAUCUGAAAUCAUUCCAGCGUUGUAGUGUUACUCUCCUUUUUUAUAUGUCAACAAAAGACUCUGAGGACGUUUUGUACCCCGUUGACUUGCACUGAAAUCAUAGCACAUGUGAAGACCCUCAAGUAUUUUUGCCUUGGUCAGUGACAUCAGUGUUGGAGCAGAAGACAAAAGCCAAAAUUCCCUUAUUCAAAAAAAAAGAAAAACUACAACCUCAUUCCUGGUGUCAACAACGUUUUUAUCAUCAUUGUUCGUUUUGUUUACUUUUGCCAUGUCGGUUCGACAAGAGUUAAAAACUUGAUCAUAUUGAUGCUACCACCAAAUUAUGUUCCUCUUCUUUUUCUUUCUUUACAUUUUAUUUCUUCUUCUUCUUCAGCUCUUCAGGGCUUCGACCAAUUCUGACGUCAAGAGACAAUUUAUUUCGGUCUUAAAUUUCCAACACUUAAUGGACCCGGUAAUUAAUGUGACAGAAAUCACAGGGAUCGGUUAGAGCAGAGGUAGAGCCGAGUUUUAACGAGCCCGUUUUCUUGGGGUAAAUCGAACCAGAUGUAGAUUUCUGGAGACGUUUAGGGACUAGAUCAUUUUCUGACUUCAUGUGGCUGAAAACCAAGUGCCUCGUUUUCCCAGGUGGACGGAGACGCCGCCCGGCUGUGGGCUGAGGUGAGAGCGUCCUACUGAGAAACAAGCGGCCGGAAAACAAAGCUGCUUGUUGGUUGAAUCUGGUUUAAAGGACAGAAUGCAAAAAAAAUACAAAAAACACUUACAAAACACUUUUUUUAUACUAAAAAACUGUUGUGGUAGGUAAAUCAGAUGCAAAGUAAGCAAUGUAGUGCAUGCAGGGUCUUGAACAUGUCAAAAAAAUAGUGUCUGUACUGUUGCUUCGGGAUGUGUGGUAAGUAUUUGCCUUUCUCUUUCAAACACGCUGCCACCACGUUGGCGGAAAUCGUCUCUAAAUCGAGGAAAGUGCCAUUUUUUUUGAUCGAUAAUAAUCCAGUAUAUGUCACCUCUGCCAUAUUUGCCCAGAUCCCACGGGUUGUCCUUCUCCUUCUCCCCCUCUUUCCAACGAGAGCAGUAUUGUGCGAGGGUUUGUCGGCGGCGGCAAAGGGUUGUGUUGUUGCUGCUGACUGUUGACUUCACGUAGGGCUAUGCAACAAGACGACACUUCAUCUGCCCUGUAGCUUUAACCCUCUGGAAUCUCCAGGUUCAGGCUUUAGUGCGACUGUGACCAAAUUUUACAUUUUAAACGUGUGAAGAGUUGUAAAUUGUAAAUAUUUCAUAUGUGAUGUACAGAAAACACACAAACUCGUAUGGAAGCUCACGCGUGUGUUUUUGAGGUUUGGAAGGUUGACUGCAUGACGCCGGAUAGAACCCGCCCCCGAUAUAAAGCUGUGUUCUCUCCAGACUUGGGUCUAGUUGUGUUUUUAAAUAAUUAUCACUGGAUUCUGAAGCUUGUUCACAGAACCAGAUGUCAGAGUUUUGGGGUCGAGUCACAAAAAUGUUGAAACUGAACCAGCUGCAAACAAAUGCUACUGCCAGACCAGAGGCUGCUCUUCUGCCAGAUGUCGUCCGUUAAUGACCUCCUAGUCCACGUGCUCGACCAAUCACAGCUCAGUGUCAUUUGUCAAUCAGGACAUUUCACCACGUUUUUAAUAGCAUCAAAUAACUGAAAACUAAAACAAAACCUACUGGAACGUAUAAAUAUUUACCUAAACAGACAGAAACCACCUUUGAGUAAAGUUUAUUUAACUCUGUGAGCCUAUACUGCAGCCAGCCACCAGGGGGCGAUCGAAACAAUUUGUCGUAAGCUUCGAGGAGCAGAACUCCAUGAACUGAUUUUAAUUCAAUGUUGGCCAAGUUAACAAUUAAAACAUCUUUAGUACAAGUUUAGCAUUUUUUACGUAAUUUUGUAUUUGAUCGUUUCUCAAAUUUGAGAGUUUUAAAGAUAUCAUUUUUUUUACCUCUGUUCAGCGAUAAUCUAUCAUUGUUUGUAAAUUUUUAUCAAAGUACAAAUUAGAUUAACCUGAUGUCUCAUAUUCUCCCGGUUUAUCUCUGAGUAGGUUAAAGAAAAAAGUGAAUUAUUUGCAAAUUAUGAUUACAUCCAAAUCCGAUUAGUUCCUUAAUGUUUUAAUUUACUUCCUGUGGUCUCGAUAUCUGUGCAACACAUUUGAUGGAUCAUCUAAACCGAGACGUUUGGAGUUUGAAGCAGGCAGCUCGUAGUGUUUCUGUAAACUUAGACUGGAACUCCCGAUUCUCGUUAGGCAUUAUUAAAAAAACUGAUUCUACAUUUUCAACGAGCCCGACAAUAAACAAAGUCCUCUCACAAGGUGCACGGUGGCUCCCCCUUCUGGACAUGUCCUGUUUGCAUGUUCUGAGAUGAAAAUGUGCAUGUCAUAAAAAAAAAAAGAGGCAUUGUUCAAACUUCAUUGAGUCCACGAUUUGUACGAUUUGUUUCCUGGUUGUGUUUAUUCUGCUUCUCUAAACACACAAGUAUCAGUUUCAGGUUUUAAGUAGAAAAAAAAAGACGACAAACACAAGCUUGAAUACGAUUUUACGACAGAACGUCCAAAGUGGAAACGAGGCUCCUUCUCCGAGGAGCGAGUCCGACGAGUCCUUCGCUGCCUGAUCUGUUGACUGUCUCUCCCACGGUCACUUUGACUGGACCUAUAGAUUUUGUAUGAAUAUAAGUCCUUGAAUAAAGAGGUAUUAUGAAAUGA